CACCAUCCUCAUUCUGAAAUUCCACUUUCCCGUAUGAGUCCAGAUGUAGCGAGAGAAGCCAUCGAGCAGUGCGGAGACAUCGAUUUUGCUGCCAUCAGCAAAAUACCCACCGACAAAUAUACUUGUAGGUUCUGCUUUAUCGAGUUUGGUAAAAGAAGGGCUGUAUUGGAAUCGUUCUUCUGGCACGUAGUAAGUAUGCAUACCGGUGAAUACAAACAACUGUGCUCUGAAUGCAUUAAUGUAGAGAGGUGCCCAUUUAACUUGGACAUUCCACCUCCACCGAAGGACGUUAAAGGGCAACUCAUAGGGUAUAUUUGUGGCAAAUGCAAUUACACCCAGAUAUCGCUCGAGAACCUGAAAAUGCACGUUAUUCAUCGCCAUAAUGAUACUGAAACAGAGGUUUACACCAUAAACUUCGCUGUAAUGACAAAGAGUACUAUUAGCAGUCUAAUGAAAAGAAUAACGCAUUUGGCCAAUACACCUCGGCCCACUAGAAGUACUCGGUCAAACCAGAGCUAUACUGAAGCCAGUGAUGACAGGAGCGAGGUAACAGAAAGUGAGAUUGAAGCGCCGCACCCUGCUAAGACAUCCAAUGUCCCUGUCCUGGAAAAAUCUAGAAGGUUCUCAUUUAAUUCGAAGAUUUCGUUCGAAAACGACGAUAAUAUGAGUGAUAUGUCCAAUUUCGCCAACACGGAAUCGAGUGUGGUCAAAGCCGAAAAAGACGAGGACGACGAUAUGGAUGAUCAUUUCACAGAAGACACUGCGGUCAACGAAGAAACAGAGGCCGCUGAUACGAACCAAGGAGUUUCGAGUGAUAUAAUGGAUUACCCACAUUUCAAAAUAAGCUUCACAGAUGCUGGCAACAAAGAGUACGUAUGCUGCAUUAAUGGCAAAGACAAUCAUUAUAAGACGGGGUUAUUAAUCUCCAUGAAGAAGCAUGUGCAGCUCAAGCACUCUGAGAUCUGGGACGGCUACUGUUUUGUGUGCAAAGUCAUCGUGACGUCACAGGGUGAGCAUAAAUUCAGCGAGUGCUUAUCGCAUUACCUAGACAACCAUAUUGACAAUUUCCCCGUUCUAGAAAAAGUAGUAGAACCUGUUGAAAAGCCUGUGACCCCUGCGGCGACACCUGAGCCUGUAGAAAGAGCACCGACGCCCUACAUCAACGUCCGUCCGUUGGCAGAAUUGGUCGCCCCCGUCGAACCAGCUGUAGAAGCUCCAGCGUUGCCUGUUAUAGAAACCGUGGUCAGCCUUGUACCACCAGUCGCGCCACAAACGAUAGAACCGCCACGUCCAAGUCCGACUUACCCAGUAAUUAGAAAAGAGACCGAACCCCCCAAAGAGUACAAAUAUGAAGAAGCUCAAGCGGAAAUCAUGUCCAAAAAGCACAGAGUAAUUCUCGAAGCUAUGAUGACUCCAGGCAAAUUAGUUCAGAUAUUCAAAUGCGCCGGUCGCUUCUGCUCCUUCACCACGGACUCUGUCGAAGACGCGUUGUUACACGCUUCGACUCACCAGCGCGUCGGAGGGACAAAAGCUUUGGAGUGCGCAUAUUGUGACUUUGACUCGUCUGGGAACUCUAUAGACUUGGUGUCUCAUGUUUUCAAGAUUCACGGGAAGUGCAGAGUUGUGUGUGGGCUGUGCUUCUACCGUGGGGCAGCGAGCCAGCUGGUCGCGUCGCAUAUCGUUCGGGUGCACGGGUCGUCGCCAGACCGUCGCUGCGUGCUGAGGACCACCAACGUGCCUGCACUCUGCGAAUCCCCUGAGGAAAAUUUGUCACGGGAAAACGCUGUUCCGCUCUACAUUUGUAAACAAACUGAAAACAAUGAGCCAUGUGAAUACAAGACCGUGACGCACGCUAAGUUUUGGGAGCAUUUGACACAAAAACAUGAGAACGCCGCUGGAUGCAUCUGCUACUUCUGCAACGAGUCUUGCCCCGACGCCACAGCGCUGAUCCUGCACCUGAAGACCCACGGCCUGCGCCUGUACCACUGCACCCUGUGUGUCCAUGGCGCUGACAACGAACCAGAACUGCUUGCGCACGCGUCCACCAAACACCCGGGCAAGACCCCGCAGGCUUACAUCAGGACUAUUCUCGAAAGCGGCAACUCCAAGAAGAUCUUGCCUCUGGUGGAACUCAAAAAGGCAGCCCUUGAAGCUGAAAAUGUAACGCCAAAUCAAGACAAAGAGAGCCCGGUGAAAGAGGCCGAACGCUCCAUCGAACUGGAAAAACUUAUCGGUCCCCUGCUUGACAUGCCUACCGCCGAACCAGAAAAGGAAGCUGAACCCGCUACACCUAUUUCAGAAGUCCUUGCGGAAGAUACCAUCGUGGAUGACGCUAUAGCGAACCUUCUCGAAAGUCCAGCCACAGCAGCCAUGGCUACAUUAACACCUGUGCCUUCCCUUCAACCACUCACAGUUGAAGCUCCUCCGAGACCUGUCACGCCAGCUCCGGCGGCCAAUAUAUCCCAGCAGCUAACCCCGUCCUGA